UAUUCGCAGAGAAGAAUCGAGAUCGUGAUACGACUCAACGACAAGUUAGACGUAUUUUGUGUUUUCAAAUAGAAUGAUUUAGUGGUGGAUCAGACGGUUUUUUGUCUUCAAAUAGGAAUCAACAGCAAGUCGCAAAGCCUUUUUAUUUUUAAGUGGUACCGAGGACACAUCACACGUAAAGGCGCAUUAUCCUUCCCAACAAGUUUAGCCGUAAUGCCCUUAGACCAGAUUCGGAAGAUGGCGAUUUGUGAGGCUGUUUGAAGCCAAUUUCAGUAAACAUUCAUGUGGGAACCUUCAAAUUUUGAUUAAAUGUGCCCUGAAAAUCAUGUGACGUGGACUAUGUGCGAUGGCGUGCAAAGAGAUAAUCGGCCAUCAGCAGCAGUUCGUUGAGGAAAUCGAUUAUAAUGAAAUUGUACAAGAGCAGGUAGUCGGCAAAGGUUCCUUUGGAGUUGUAUGGAAAGGAAAAUGGAGAGGGCAGUAUGUUGCUGUGAAACACAUAAAUUCAGAAGGAGAGAGAAAGGCCUUCACUGUCGAAGUUAGACAGUUAUCAAGAGUAGCCCAUCCUAAUAUCGUUAAGUUGUAUGGUGCAUGUACCAAGGACCCAGUAUGCUUAGUGAUGGAAUAUGCAGAAGGUGGAUCAUUGUAUAAUGUAUUACAUGGUACUCCUCAAUCACAUUAUACUAUUAGUCAUGCCAUGAGUUGGGCUCUCCAAUGUGCACGUGGUGUUGCAUAUCUUCAUAAUAUGAAACCAAAACCAUUGAUACACAGAGACCUAAAGCCACCCAAUCUAUUAUUAGUUAUGGGUGGUCAAAUACUUAAAAUUUGCGAUUUUGGCACGGCCUGUGACUUAAACACAUAUAUGACUAAUAAUAAAGGCUCAGCCGCAUGGAUGGCACCAGAAGUGUUUGAAGGAUCUAGGUAUACAGAGAAGUGCGAUGUAUUUAGUUGGGGUAUCAUUUUGUGGGAAGUCUUAACACGCAAAAAACCCUUUGAUGAUAUUGGUGCUUCAGCCUUUAGGAUAAUGUGGGCUGUUCAUGUAGGACAAAGGCCUCCUUUGAUAGAAGGAUGCCCAAAACCCAUUGAGGAUCUUAUGACUAGAUGUUGGCAGAAAGCACCUGAAGAAAGACCAUCUAUGGACGAAGUAGUGAGGAUAAUGACCGAGCUAUCAGAAUUUUUCAGUCACCAUUUAGAACCUGUCGAGUAUUCUUUAAGUAGUGAAACUGAUGUUAUAGAUGAAAAUAAAACCUCAAAGGAAGAUACAUUAGAUAUGGCCAGUACUUUAGACUCUCGAAUGAAUGGCUCUGUUACAAACGGUACUAUUCAUACAAUUCCAAAGACCAUAGAAAAAACGGACGAAUGUUCCAAUGGAGAAAAUUCGUUGCACUAUUCUUUACGUUAUGCGGCGCCAUUCGAUGCGUCAACGAAUUUCUUACCCCGACAAAAUAAUUUAGGAUUUCAACGAGUACCUAACGAGUGUCCAGUUCCGAAUAAACAUUAUCCUGGGAGUACGGACAGUAAUUUAGACUAUACUAAGGCACCGAUCUCGCAAAGCACAGCGACACCGACAGCGCGUGACGAAAAAUUUGCUGUGUUACAACACAAAAACUACAAUUUUGCUCCAUUGCAUGUGGAGUGCGACCCGAAUGCUUGGGACUUGCCGAGUUCUUCCGAAUCAUCUUGGGAAAUUCGUAAAAUGGCUGGAUUAGACAAAAUGAUGCCGAAAACGAAGAAGAAUAUCCAACAAAGUAGCAGCACCACGAGCGAAGACUUGGGCAACGUUUGUCGCCUUCUGGAUGCCGAUUUGAGACCUCUCACACCAGACUACACUUGUGAACGCUCGCGCGAAAUCUUCGAGGAGCACAAGCAGAUUGCGCAGGAAUAUCUCAAGGUCCAAACGGAGAUAGCAUUGUUGAGCCAACAUAAGAACGAGAUGCUGAAGAAUUUGAGCCUCGACAGUCUCAAGCAGCAGCAGGAGUUGCGCAAACUGGAGGAUGAAAAGGAGUCCCUGGUAAAGUUGUGUCGCAACCUGACACGGCAAUUGCAGAUCAUGAAGGAUCAAAGGAUCAACGGGGCGCUGACGAACGCCAGUGCACCGACGAUAGCACCUGCCGUUCCCGGAAACAAUGGUUGGGUGGUGGUACCACGUCAAGAUCCGUCGAGGCUUUCCUGAGAUGCGACUCACGGAAUCCAAGAGUCUCAACGAGAAUAUACUUACGUUACAUCGUGCGAUCGCCGGCCUGCGAUACGCGACGUUGACGCGGAGUAAAAUUCCGGUUGUUUUUUAAGUCGACGUCGCGCCGCUGACUACCGAUGAAAGUAGUUGAGGAUAUGUGAGUCAAUAUGGCCAUCCAGCGAGUCCGAUCCACUUUAUCGGACCCGACGAUUUGCGACACACGAAAAGUGCAUCGUGACUGACUUCCGACGUGUGAUUCACGGCCACUUCUAAUCAGCGAUAUCCGUGGAGACGUAGAAGGCACAGUCAUAGAUAUACAUUUAAGAAAAUACGCCUUCCAUUAGAUUUUUUACAAAAUUUCGUGAUCGCAUUUCAUUUUUGUCCUUUGUUGUCAUCAGUUUCCUUGAUUUGCGAUGCAAAUUUGCACGACAAUAAUGGAACAUCCGGAGCGUGCAAGUGGUGCGUGCCAUUGAACGCUAUGGGAGGUUUUUUAACUGGAAAAUCUUGAGGAUGUAUUCCUCACGAAUGAUACAAUCUAGUCGCCUCGACGAUGACUCACGAUUUUUGUCGAAUUUCAUUUGCAUUUCGAUAUGAAAGGUACUUUUUACGUAAUCGUUUGUUAUUCAAGUUAUUAUCUGCGAAUGUGGAUUUUAAACUUUUCAUGUCACAUCGAACGCAAAAUUUGCGCUCACAUUUCUUUGAUAUCAAAUAUAGGAAAAAGGGAAAAAAUUUGAAGUGAGAUGUAAAUACUGAGCAAUCAUCAAAAAUGAAUCAUGAAUACGUACUUGAAGAGCUUAUUUUCAAACUAUUGUGAACUUGGAUUUUCAAGAAAGUUACAUUAUACAGCUUUCUAAAGCUUUCUAUAGCUUUAUUACAUAUUGUCUUCACUUUUUAAAACGACGAAUUUUAAAACGAUUUGAAAGCUCUUCAAUUCUACGAAUCAUAUUGAAAUAUUGUUGUGCGAUAUACACAUAGUGUAUAUCUGUGUCUAUCCAAUCGAAUUGAUCGUGUGUCAGAGAUAUAGCUUAUACAUGUGAUUAAACUUGCUGAGUUUUGUUACUCUUAAUCAACAAUGUUGCAAGAGAACAAUGAUUAAACGAUUUAAAUUUGUUCUUGUUAAUUUAUCGCUUCGUUAAUAUAUAAUUAUCUAUAUAUUGUAAAUAAUCACCUUGUUUCGCCUGAGUGCGAAUACAUUUGACAUUGUUUUAGGUCUAAUAAAUUGUAAAGACACUAUUUAAGUCAGUAUGCCGAUCAAAUAUUCAAUGGCAAAGACGCGCACUCUGCUUGAACUUGAAGGAACAAACACAAAACGGUUUAAUUUUGAAGAUUCAACAAAUUAUAACGAUAUUCAGUAAAUUUUUGCGAAGUUUGUGUCGAAAAAACUUCAGAUAGAACUGUGUGCACAAAAUGCUUAGGUGUCGACAGCGGUUACACGAGCGAACUAUUUUGUCAAUCGAGCGAUGAACUUCCGUUUCAUCUUGAAGAAGCUCUUUCAGAUUUCCUUGUCCUGUUUCUGACUAAUUAGUGUUCAUCAACAAUCGUUGAGAGAAGAGAUCGAUGUUCGUGGAAAACGCAACUGUAGAAAUUACAAGUCAAUUAUGUCCCGCAACAGUUUUUUGAUGAGAGCUCUUUUUCAGGAGUUUAUAUGCCUAAUGGACAUAUGAAUAUGUGAAUGUAAUGUAAAGAUGUAAAUAUAAUUUCUUGUGGAAAGUUUUA